CAUCUGUAAAGUCAAGAAAAUGUGAUAAUUAAACAUUGAACUAAUUAAACGAAAAUAUUCUUUUAACAAAUUCUAAUCAUAAUUAAAUAGACAAAGCAAAAUUCAAAUAUUUGUUAAAUGAGAGAAAGUCUGGCGAGUAUUAGAAAGAGGCUGGUACGUUUCACAUUUGAUUGAAAUAAAAUACGAAAAGACAGGUGUGAGCUAGACACGUCAAAACAGAUUUAGACCCCGAACUUUACUACUAUAACACCUGAUGUAAUCAGACAGGAAGAACUCUGUGGCCCCACACCAUUCAUCCAAAAAAGGCAGCGAAAAAAAAAAUCGCAUUUCGGUUAGGAUUGCUCUUCCAAUGGGUUAGAAUUAAGACAGCUGGCGGAACUGCUGUUUUGCGUCACUUGGGUAAGUGACAUUGCAUUUACAGUGAAGGCCGCUCACAUCAGUCAAACUAUACGUGCGUCAUCACACCGCCCAGUCUACUUUCCGUCCUGGAUUGUUCCCUUGUUAAGCCCAUAAAAUACGAAGACACGAAUUCAAAUGUUCGGCGGGUAUUUAAAGAGAGGACCCCCACCGUUAACAUGUCACAGUACAUCUUCAUUUUUUGUUACGUUCAGAUCAACUAGUUGUAAAAAUAUGAACCUAAAGUUAUCUCUACCAUCAUUGGUGUUGUUAGUUUCCUGUUGCAUAGCUUUUGUGACGGCUGCGCCAUCCAAAUCAAGAUAUGCAUCAGAAUACGAAUUUGCAACAUCUACUCUGAAGCGACUGCACAAUUUCGAUCCAUUGCCACCGAUCAAGCACAAUUCGGCUACGCGCUAUUAUUUCAAUAAAAACGACGCUGACUCCCAAGUCAAUAAAUACAACGCCGACAAGCAGAGGAUGUGUAUCCUCCGUGACAACAAGUACAGUCGGGUUGGCUGCAACUUUCUAUAUGUCGUGUUCACACAUCCACCAGUGUACCGCAUAUUGGCCGAAUCGAUUGCCCUCUACAGAGUCAUACUAGACAAUUUGGUUUGAAAACGAUUAGAAAAGUUGGGCUUUUAAGUUAAAACUUCAACUUUGUUAAAAUCCAAUAAAAUCCAACUUGUUAAAAUGUUUAACAAUA